UAGGCAGAUGGGGUGGAUUUCACCUUGCAUGCGUCCAACUUCGUGGCCGUGUUGCCUGUCGUCCAUACCCUCUUUUUCUUCCCAUUAUGUGGAGUCCCGCGAGUCGUCGCGUUAAAAUUAAUUUUAAAAUUAUACAAUAAAACGCGUAAAUUUUGUGAAAAAAACAUGUGCAAUCUGCUCUCGGUGUUGUUGUUGAUCGAUGAGCAGUGAAGGACGCAGCAAGUGCUCUCCAACCUCCCCACCACCCCCGAGCGUCAUCCAAAAACGUGACUAAUGCACUGCUCGCGUAGCCUCUCUGCUGCUGGCGCCGUGGACAACACAACAACAACAUUCUAUACGGCAGCAGCACAAACAUCGGCGUCGGCAGCAGCCUCGGCCAGCACAACGCCAACGUCGAACAAGACGACAACAAUGGCCACAACGGGGGUAACGGCGACCACAGGGCAAGCGGCAACAAAUGCUAAAGAUGGUAAGUUCCGUUUCUGGUCAAAGUCAAGCCCUCCUUCAACGAGCAGCACUCCGCACCCCACUUCUGGCGUCACAAUGCGGGAGAAGAAGGGAGGAGCCCUGCAAAAGCUCAAGAAGAGGCUAUCCCAUAGCUUUGGGCGAUUAACAAUUUCCCGCGAAGAUGGCGACGAGUCGACGGCGCACCAUCAUCACCAUCAUCAUCAUCAUCAUCGCGGCGGCCAUGGCGGGCAUCAUAAUCACGGUAACAAAGUUCCAUACAAUGGCUACAAUUCGGAGGAAUAUCUGGAUCGUCUCGAACCGAAUGGCAAUAUACCCGCUGAUAAAACAAAUUGCAGAUAUGGAGCCCAAGAAUCUGCGAAAAAUGAUAGUAAGAAACCACAAGACUGGCGCAGCACGGACAGCACCGACCAUCACGAUCGCGUCCAGAGGCAGCUGUCCGUCUCCUCCGACAGCAAGCUGCUCGACGAGGACAUCCGCGAGGAGAUGAAGUACCAUUCGCAUGUGGUCAUGCGUCCCAAGAAGCCGCCCAGACCCAAGUCCGAGGUGUUCCUCAACAAGCAGGAUCCGCAUCCGCGACGCAAACGCUUCAGUGCAUUUGGUGGCGACUCCCCAUUCGGGAAACAGGAGGCCUACGUCAAGCUGGAGCCACUGGGCGAGGGAUCCUAUGCGACGGUCUACAAAGGAUUCAGCAAAUUAACCUACCAGCGGGUGGCGCUGAAGGAGAUCCGGCUGCAGGAGGAGGAGGGGGCACCCUUCACGGCCAUCCGCGAGGCCUCGCUGCUGAAAGAACUGAAGCACAGCAACAUCGUGACGCUGCACGACAUCGUGCACACCCGUGAGACGCUGACCUUUGUCUUUGAGUAUGUGAACACGGAUCUAUCGCAAUACAUGGAGAAACAUCCGGGCGGUCUGGACCAUCGCAAUGUGCGCCUGUUCCUCUUCCAGCUGCUGCGCGGUCUCUCCUACUGCCACAAGCGUCGUGUCCUCCAUCGCGACGUGAAGCCGCAGAAUCUGCUAAUCAGCGACUGCGGCGAACUGAAGCUUGCCGACUUUGGCCUGGCCAGGGCCAAAAGUGUACCCAGUCACACAUAUUCGCAUGAGGUGGUCACGCUCUGGUAUCGUCCACCAGAUGUCCUGUUGGGCAGCACCGAGUACUCAACAUCACUGGACAUGUGGGGCGUCGGCUGCAUCUUCGUGGAGAUGGUGACUGGGAUGCCAACAUUCCCCGGCAUACGUGAUACCUACGAUCAGUUGGACAAGAUAUUCAAAUUGCUGGGCACCCCCACCGAGGAGACGUGGACGGGGGUAACCCAUUUCCCGGGUUACAAGCCCCACAAGCUGGGCUUCUAUCGGCCAAGAAAACUGGGUCACAAUUUCCCACGACUGUACGACAUCAUCGAGGGCGAAACGAUAGCGAACGCCUUCCUGCAGCUGAAUCCAGAGGAGCGGAUCGGCGCCGAUGAUGCACUGCUGCAUCCCUACUUUGCGCAGUUGCCAAAGAAACUCUACGAAUUGCCAGACGAAACCUCAAUAUUCACCGUGGAAGGCGUGCAGCUGUACACGGAGCCAAAUCGACAGAAUAAAUGAAAAUUAAAGCAAGUCCUCUCUGUGGAUGGCGUACGUUUCUAUUGUUAGGGGAUCCUAAAGCAUAAUCCUCAUAAAAACCCGAGCCCCAAAUGAAAUAUAUAUACCCAGAGCCCCCCAAUCAACCUCCUGGACUAGGCACAAGACAUCAGUAAAUCAAUCGUAUCAAUCAACCUAUCAACCAAUCACUUCAGACAGCCAUAUAACCGACGAAGGAGUGUUCCAGUUGCAGACCUAUAUUUUUUUUUUGUACUAUAAUUCUAUGAUACUUUCUAGUUAUUAGUUCCAUUCGAAAGCGAGGGAGUGUAGCGCGGAGCGGAGCGGAGAGAGUACUCUUCCAGUACGCAGAUACAAUUUCAGAUACACCUAGAUACACAGCAGAUAGAGUGGUUACAGCGGAUACAGCGGCCAGCCAGUGGCAUUUUAUGUUCAGUCAAAUUGUUAAAUUUAGUUUAGAUUUCUUGUAUUUUAAGCAGACCAUCGUGUCCCGUCCCGAUCCGAUCCCUUCUCAAACCCGCGGCCUUGUCAAUAAGGAUACUCAAUUUAGUCAGUGCGCAGAGAUAUGUGCGUUUCGUGUUUAAUGUUUUUUUUUGUUUUUUCAUCAUUUUUUUUGCACAAAAUUGGGGGAUGCGCAAUGUUUUAGUGAAAGUCUCUGUCUGCGUGAAAUGAUAUGUGAAUGUGCGUGUACCCAUAUCCUACCCAUAUAUAUUUGCUCUUUAGUUUUUAGUUAUUUUUGAGGGGAGGAAUCGCCCUAAUCGAGUGCAAUUUACACAAAAAUUGAUGGAUUGCUCGCUCAGUGCAAAAGUGGCAUCAAUUUUCACGCAAUUUGUUCAGCGAAGCGAUCCAUCAAGCAC